AUGCAAAGACUGGAGGUGUGUCAGCUGUGGCGCUAUAAACAAGCAUACCAUGUCAAGAACAGAAGUAUUAACAUUCAUCUUUCUACAGUGACAACAGUGAAGAGAAAUAUGGAUUCAUUUCCACCAGGUCCCGAUUUGAGGAUUGUGAUGAUUGGAAAAACUGGUGUGGGCAAAAGUGCUGUUGGAAACACCAUCAUGGGAGAGAAAUGUUUUACAUCUCGUCCAAGUUCAGAAUCAGUUACUUCUUCUUGUCAAAAAGGUGUGACACAAGGGGGUAACAGAGUAGUUAGUGUGGUAGACACACCAGGGAUCCUGGACACUAAAGUAACUGCGGACUUCAUCCAAAAAGAAAUUGUGCGAUGUGUUGAAGUCUCCUGUCCAGGUCCUCAUGUGUUCCUGCUGGUGCUCCAAGUCGGUCGAUUCACCAAAGAGGAGAAAAACUCAGUGGAAGCCCUGCAGCAGCUGUUUGGCCCACAAGCUAACCAGUACAUGAUUGUGCUGUUCACCCGUGGUGGUGAUCUUGGAUGCAUGACCAUACAGGAGUACGUACGUGAAGGCAGUGCACAUCUUCGCCGAGUCAUUCAAAGCUGUGGAAACAGGUUCCACGUCUUUGACAACACCAUCAGUGACACGAACCAGGUGGUGGAGCUGAUCAAGAAGAUUGAUGACAUGGUGGCAGGAAAUGGGGGCACAUACUACACAGAUGCCAUGUAUAGGGAGGUGGAGGCAGCACAAAGAAUGGGUCUCUUAGGAAAAUUCUUAUAUGCAUUUAUUGCUGGAUUGAUGCAACGCAUUAGAAAAUUUAUUGAAAUCCUUGGGAAAGAUUAAAUAAACACAUUCAUUGUGUUCUGGGCAGUGAAUCCUUAUUUAACCAUGUGUCAAAAUAUAGCAUAUAUUUGUUUGUCAGUGUUUCUUGUGGUGCUGAUAAAAUGAGUGUAUAAGCGUAGAUUACAAUGACAUGCUGCGUUUCUUAUCUCUUCUAUAUCAGCAUUUUAUGUUAAUUAUAGCGGUGUGAUAUGCAUGAAAGCUUUAAAAAAUGUAAUGUAUAAACUUCACUUGCAUCAGUCAAAAUUGUAUUUAUUAAAAAACCUGUUGAAGUAAAAGUGCACUAUACAUCUUAUUUUUAAAUAAACCUGUAAGAAUUUAUAGUCAGAGACAAAAUCAUUCCAAAUGUGAAAUCUGAAACCAGAUUUUCACACUAACUUACAUCUAAGCUCAUGUUUCAAACUCUUUUUCAAUGGCAGUGUUUUCUUUCCCUUGUUUCUUAGAAGCAGAGGCGGAGGCAGACAUUUGAUACACCCGGGGCUUAGCCCUAAUGGGUAGUAUGUAUGUGGGAUUGGGGGGGGGUUAGAAGUGACUGAAAGAUUAAUAGGCUCUGUUUUGAGUUUUGUUCAAAAAAGAAUGACUUCAUAUAGGGAAAAAUAUAUAUCACAUCUGCAGGACACCUUAAACUAUUUUUUUAAUUAAGCAGCAAGGCAGAACAAAGUCGGGGCUGUAUCAAGACACGAGGACUAAACCCCAAUUCAACCAGACCCAGAACUGAUCCGGAAUUAAAACAGGACUACAAAAUCAGGACUACUUAGGACUUAACCAAAACAGAACCAGAAUCAGAACUAGAUGAUAGUAGCACUAAAAAUCAUCAUAGACCUGCACUAUACUUAUUUUUUAAUUCUACCAAAGUCCACUAUUUAGAUUCAGAAAAGUUUAUAUAAUUAUUUAGCCUUGUUGUGCAAACAAGCCUGCACAACUUAAUAAAUAUAGAAUUUGAAAAAUAACAAACCUAAAAAGAAACACUAGGUAUGAGAUACAUGAGUACCUAUGAUACGGUGAUACUUUUGGUAAACAACCAUUUGACUAACAUGUGUGUCUCACCUGCUCU